GGACACAGCAAGAAAGAGCCAUCCGUGGGGGAGCAGGUCCUCACCAGCCACCAAAUCUGCUGGCAUCUUGAUCUUGGACUUCCAGCCUCCAGAAAUGCGCAGCUCGUCUCUAGGGCCUUGAUCUGCAACUCCCGUGUCCAAUAUCCACCAUGUCGUCCUUGGGACAAAGGAAGAUGGGCAAAGCUACGGCAGAUAUAUUACAUUGGCCCGAUGAAGAUCCUAAGUGCCUUCAUUUUAGUAGCCCAAGAGUUGAACAGCGUUCAUGGACAGCUGGUUCUUAUCAGCAAGAUGUAUCACCAGAGAGACUUUAUGUACCGCAAACAGUGGCAGCAUCUCACUCUCUAUUUGACCUUCUUCCUGACGGGGUGUGCAGAUAUGGUGAGCCAGAACCUGAUGCCCCAGAGGUGUGUGGCUCUGGAGCAAGGCACCCAAGCCCUGGGCAUAUUUCUGUUUCUGCCCCUGAUGGUGUCUCACAUGCAGGACACAGAAGGAGUAGAACUGCAGUUUCACAUCCUGCUCACCCAGGCCAUGUUCCUGCUAACGGUGGUAGUGACUGCAGAGCUCUGGGCUCCCAAUGCCAUGCUGAUAUGGACAAUGAAGGCCUUUUUGUACAUGAUCACAGGCUCUUGGUUGGUACAGAUAGGCUUUAUGUUGUUCAAGCCAGUCUCUGGCUAUAAAUGGAUGGAUGAUGACAAAAAUGACAUAAUGUUUGCCACCACUUUCUUCUGCUGGCAUGUGGUCUUCAAUGCCAGUUUGAUGAUCUGGAUCUAUGGCUUCUCUUUUUUGUGGUAUUGCUACAUUCUUAUUAAAGACAGAACCUGGAUGCGCCCCCUGGUGGUGCCCUGUGGCCUUCACACUCCAAGAUGUCUGGAUGAGAAGUUGUGAGAGGUGGGCGGCCAGGAAAGCAGAAUCUGGUGUCCUUCCUUCAUGGGGGUCCUACCUUGAAGCCGCAGACUCUGCUGGAAUGGACGUGCACCCUCUCCCUUCUGGCUUCCCUCAGCCUUAUUUGAACAGUGCAUAGAGGAAAGGUGAACGGAAUAAGAGUCCUGCCACUAAGACCUCCCCUCUCAACUCCCCAAGCGUUUCCCUCCUCAGCUCCUGCUGCGGUACCUGCUUGCCCUGCACCUCUCUGUAUCGCCCACUCCCCUCCCAUGAGAACAUUAAAGAAAUUUUCUAUGUC